AUGAAGAGAAAGGUAUUGUUGAUGGGCAGAAGUGAAUCUGGUAAGACCUCUAUGAGAUCUAUCAUUUUCGCAAACUAUAUCGCCAGAGAUACAAUGAGAUUGGGUGUAACAAUCGAUGUUGAACAUUCACAUGUUAGAUUCCUUGGUAAUUUAGUAUUGAAUCUCUGGGAUUGUGGAGGUCAAGAAGGUUUUGUAGAGAGUUACUUGACAACACAAAGAGAUCAUAUUUUCAGAAACGUUGAAGUACUCAUCUAUGUAUUUGAUAUUGAAAGCAGAGAACACCAAAAGGAUCUUAAAAACUUCAAGUCUUGUCUCGAAGCUAUCCUCCAAAACAGCAAGGAUGCCAAAAUCUUUUGUCUCAUUCACAAGAUGGAUUUGGUGCCAGAGGAUCAACGUGAUAACCUCUUUAGAUUACGUGAAACUGAAUUGCAACAACUAUCUCUUCCCCUCAAAGUAACAUGUUUUAGAACAUCUAUUUGGGAUGAAACCCUUUACAAGGCAUGGUCAUCUAUUGUAUAUUCAUUGAUUCCAAAUGUCAAAGUAUUGGAACAUCAUCUCGAUAAGUUUUGCAGAAUUUGUGAAGCCGAUGAAGUAGUCUUGUUUGAAAAGGCAACAUUUUUGGUUAUUUCUCACAGUGCACGUAAACAACACAAAGACGUACAUAGAUUCGAAAAGAUUUCAACCAUCAUCAAACAAUUCUUCCUCAGUUGCAGCAAGUCACAAGCCAACUUCCAAGCCAUGGAAGUACGUAACUCAAACUUUGCUGCUUUUAUCGAUGCCUUUACCUCCAACACAUACAUCAUGGUUAUAAUGUCGGAUCAAACCAUCGAAUCAUCUGCCACACUUCUUAACAUUCAAGUUGCCAAAUCUCACUUUGAAAAGUUUAUCCAACAAAACAGUGCCAACCAAUCAAUUGUUUAA